AAAGAGCGACGCUGAUUGGCUGAGAGAGACAUCAUAACAACAACAGCCAUGGCGGACCGCUUGUCGCAACUUCAAGAUGCUGUUAAUAUGCAAGCAGAGAACCUUUAUAACAGCAUAGGUUGUUUGUUUAAUUCAGCACCGCCAUGUAGUUUUGAUAAAAGUGGCAAGACCCCUUCACAGAAUGAAAAUCCUGAUGAUAUGACUGAGCACAAGAGAGUCUUUGCCACACUUAUUGCUCGUAAUGCCAAGGAUAUAGAUGCACUGAUUGAAAGUCUUCCAUCUGAAGAUUCAUCAGCUGAACUUCAGACAGCCAGCAUGAGGGUGCUAGAGCAGGAAGGCGAAAAAGCUGCUCUGAGGCUUCAGCGAGGCAUUGACAGAGGAGACAAGUUACUAGAGGAGAUCAACAGAGAUCUUAGCGACAUUGCCAACACCCAGUUAGCCAUUAAUCGUAUCACAGAUGCUUCUCAGGGUGAUGCAAUUAAGAUAUGAUUCUUUUGGUGAUAGAUUUUGAAAAGACAACCAUUUUUUAAGAAGCUAAGAAGCCUUCCAAAUUUAACUGGUACAAUAUCCCAUCUAGGGCAUUGUAUCUAAUUCAGAAUGAAAAUAAGCUUUGUUGAUGCAAGUGUGUCCGAGUUUACCACAUUGGUAGAUCAAAAUCCUUUCUAAUACUACUAUUUACAGUGAGAAAGAAUCUGUUGGUUGUCAGCACUUUGUAAAUGUGUUCAGUGAGUUUAUUCCAAGAAAUGUGUGUGUAAGAUAAUGAGUGACGCCAACCUACAAUACGAAUGUUUAUUUAUUUUACAGCAAUUAUUUUCCUUUUCCUUCUUUAACGGAAUAUCAUGUUACCAAUUUCACAUAUCUAUACGUGAUAUGUCUGUCCUGGAUGCUGUUGACUCGGCAGAUAAUUUUAAAUAGUCAAUCAGUCUGUCCUGGAUAUUUCCCAGUCAGUAGAGUUGCUUAUAUCUAAUGCUACAUAGAUUGGAACAGAAAACUGGUUAAUAGUAAGGACAGUAGACUGGAAAGUAGUAUGAAGUAGGGCUCAUUCAAGGACUUUUGCAAAUUGAAUGCUGUUUAUGUAAAGUGGUGAUCAUGACACACUAAAUAAAAUAGUAGUAGAACAUUUUUGCUACUGGUUAGAAAAUAUUAGAUAGAAUGAAUAAAUUGUAUAAGUUAUUGCUAUUAUAUCAUAUUUCCCCAUAUAGUUGCGUCUAUAAUUUUAUAAAACUUCCAAUAGUUUAAACUGAUGGCAUAAGAGAAACACUCCUUAGUUGUUGAACACAGUUUACUCAGUUUAAAGAUAUUGCUUAAGUUUAAUUUAGCAUGAUCAAAAAAAUACCCAAUGUGAAAAAAUAAGGAGAAUAGCUUAAAGUUCCUAGUUCUACAGGAAAUAAAUUUGAUAAGGUAAAAUGUUCCGAGGUGUACUUUCCUAUGUGCAGUUUUAGAGAGCCAACUACUAGAACGGAUUUAAGUUAUGUAAGGCCACGGUUAAGGAGUUGCUUUUAUGUGUGCUUGUGAUAUUUAUUAGGGAUAUCCUGAAUUUUCCCAAGAACAGCAGAUAUGACUGUAUGCUGUUUAACCUCAUUAUUUUCAUUCCCCUGUUUACCUCAUUUCAUCUACAUCCUUUAGAAUUAAGAUCAUUAUUCUGACUUGUUUACAGUUUUGCAGUCUACUCUAUAUGGAGUCAGGUGUGAGUUGGUCAAGUUGAUCAGGUAUCCCGAGUGGUAGGAUGUUCAGUAUCAUUUCCGUUUGGUUGAAAUGGUAAAAUGAGAAUAGUCAUACAGGUAUGACAAUGAACAAAAAUAAAAGGUUUAGAGAUUCUUCCAAACAACUAUU